AUGUCUCGCCAAAACGAGACGAAAACCUUUGAGGAAAAGCUUCAAGAGCUCCAGGAGCUCCGAGAGCUCCGGGAGCUCCGGGAAACGCUAUCCAGGAUCCGCGAAUCAAACUCUGACCAAACUCGAGAUCAAGAGCAGAGGCAGGAUCCCGCUUUGCUCGAAAUGAUUGAUAAGUGUGUAAACAACAUCGAAGAAGUUGAACAGGAUGAGGUGGUAGCAGCGGAUUACCCUUAUGACGAGCACAAGAUCUUCCUCACAAUCGACAGGCUCAACAAGCUCGACCCAGCCGACCAUCCCAGAAUGAUUCGGGCGUUAAAGGACUGGGUACAGGCCAGGCCGCACAAUGUGAAGAUCUGUAUCUCCAGCCGCGGCGAGAAGGCGUUUCAAGAGGCUUUCGAGUCAUGGCCCGGGUACAAUAUCGAUGGAGUCAACUUGGUUGAUAUGCUUUGA